AAACCGGUAUGACUGCAUUCUGCCUUCAGCACUCGAGUUCCUUUUAUUUUCGUUUCUUCAGAAUCGACUCCUGUGUGCCAGACAGCAUCUUCUCUCAUGAUGGCAGCAGCUCAACCUUCUCUGUCCACUGAUCACUACACCUGCCCAGUGUGUCUGGAGGUCCUGAAUGUGCCGGUCACCAUCCCGUGUGGACACAGUUACUGUAUGGAAUGCAUUAAUAAGCACUGGGAUCGGUCAGGCUUAAUGGGGACUUACAGGUGCCCUCAGUGCAGAAUGGAAUUCCAUCCAAGGCCAAAGCUUCACAAAAAUUUGACUCUCACAAAUAUGAUAGGAGAGUUAAAGGAAAAGGGAGUCAUCAGAGCUCCACCUCAGGGUAAUGCAGGACCUGCCAGUGUGCUCUGUGACUCGUGCCCAGUGCGAAAACGGAGAGCUUCAAAGACCUGCAUGACCUGCAUGGCCUCCUACUGUGAGAGUCACCUGCAGCCGCACUUGGACUUGGCAGCCUUCAAGAGACACAAACUGGAGGAGCCGACUAGAAACCUGGAAGAGAAACUCUGCUCAAAGCACCAGAAAGUCCUGGAGAUGUUCUGUAGGACCGAUGAGAUCUGCAUCUGCUCGAUGUGUGCAGCGACUGAACACAAGAGUCACCACACCAAGAUACUUGUUGAAGAGAUAACUGAGAGAAAGAAUCAGCUGGAAAAGAUAACAAAAGAAGUGAAAAGAAGAGUCCAGGAGAAAGAGAAGAAGCUGGCUGAACUGAAGGAGACUGAAAGGAGGAUUCAGAGAUCUGCAGAUAAAGAGGAGCAGGAGCAUAAGGAGAACCUUGAGUCUAUACUUCAGUCCAUUGAGAGGCUGAAGUCAGAGGUCUGUGAGGCCAUUAGAGGUCACAAACGGGGUGAAUUGAGUAAGGUUGGAGGUGUCAUCAAGCAACUGGAGAAGGAGAUCAAGGAGCUCAGGAAGACAGAAUCUGAGCUGGCUCAGCUGUCAAAGACCGAUGACCACAUGCGAUGGCUGAAGAUGUUCCAUAAUGUCCUUGUCCCUCCUGGUGAUACCAAUGCUCCCAAUAUCACUAUAAAUGAAGAUUUCCUUCCAGAGACUCUGAAGAAGAAACUGUCUGAAGCAAAGAAGAGUUUGGAGGAGAUCAGGGAGUUUGUGAAGAGGAAUAAGACGGGCUCUAAGGUUUCAAAUGAUGCCCUGCAGAACCCAAGUAGGAAAGACUUUUUAAAAUACGCCCGUUCUCUUACCCUGGACCUCGACACGGCGCACAAACGCCUGCACCUCUCUAAAGAAAAAAAGAAGGUGACAUGUGAGGAGAAAGAGAUACAAUAUCAUGGUCAUGAUGACAGAUUCGAGAAGUGGCAGCAAAUCUUGUGCAGGGAAGCCCUGUGGUGGACCCGCCACUACUGGGAGGUCGAGUGGAGCGGAGACAAAGCUGACAUUGGAGUGACAUACAGAGGGAUAGGAAGAAAAGAAGCGGGUAACGAGUGUGUCCUCGGACUGAAUGACAAGUCCUGGAGUUUGUGCUGCUCUGAAGCAGGGGUCUCUGCGUGGCACAAUAACCAGAAGACUGACAUUAGGGUCCCCAUAAGUCACAAAAUAGGAGUGUAUCUGGACCGUCCAGGGGGGUCCCUUUCAUUUUACAACGUUUCCGACACCAUGACCCUGCUGCACAAGUUCAACGCCUCCUUCACCGAGCCGCUCUUUGCGGGGUUUAGGAUUCGACCAAACUGCAGUGUGACAAUCUGCCCUCUGAACUGGUCUGACCAGAGACUGGCUUCGUUUGAAGGUCACUCCACGUCUUCUGUGUCACAGGCCACCUUUUAAUUUUAGAAUCAUCAGGACAAUUCCACAGAAUCUUCACUUCGUUUCUGGUGCCUUACACACACACACUCACAGAGUCACUGGCCAUCCUGCCAUUCCUCCUGACCAUGUGAUCCUGGGCCACUGUGGUUAGUGGGGGGCGCCAUCCUUCAAAGUGGGCAUCAUGAAGAAGCAACAAGGAAAGCUGACCAUCAGUGAACAUCAGACUGGAAGUUCCUCACCCCAGCUUACGUUCAGUACUCUCCAUGGCCACACGGCGGCGUUGUCUUUAUGAUUUACAGUUUAAGUUCACCCUUAAGUAGAAAAGCAAGCAAAGCUGUGGGGAGAAAAAGCUUGAGAGUCUCGUCGCCGUCACAUGGAGAAGGAAAUCCUAAUUUAGACUGUAAAUAUUAAAUAGUAACUGUAAAUCAGAGGUCAGAACUCAUGCUCAGUGCUUUAUUAAUUCUGUUUAUGUCACUUUAAUCCAAACCACUGGCACAAUUGUUCACAGGCCUGCCUCACCACUCCAGGACACUCGCCUCAGAUUUAGCCCGGCCACUGGCUGUAUAGAACUAACAAGUCUUCCUGAUAUUCUUGUGGAUUUUUCUCUGAUUUCUCUAAUUUCCGUCUUUGAUCACACUGGCACAUCACACCUUAAAACGGCUACUUUAUUGGCAUUUCUGUGUGCGUCCUGUGGUGGGCUGGCAUCUCGUCCGCUGUCUGUUCCCGCUGUGACAUAAUGAAGCCCCUCAUAACAGUAUGAGUUUAAUGACUGCUCCUCUCCUUUCUCAUUUUUUCUAUCCAGUGAUAAUUUUCAUUUUUCUUCACUGGAUUUGGCCGACAUGGUAAAGACGUUGACCGCCAUUGUAUUCACGGACUUGACUUGACCCCACCAGGAGGACAGGUGUGCUAAAUACACUUGACUGAUGUGGUGAAGUUAUAUCACAAGCAUAACAAUGGGUUUGUAAUCCUAGUGUGAAUCUAAAUAUUUAUUUUUUAUUUCUUAUCUUUUAUAACUUUGUCGUGUUUUUCAUAUUUUUGGGCAUUUUGUUCCAGGCCCUUUUCCCAGGUCUGCUCAAUACGCAUUUUGAAUGAGAGUCACAAAUGUGGCAAAAAGAAUACGGGGCUUUUAAAGUUCAAAAGAAAUCUUUAAAUCUCCUAAAAUUUCUUAAAAAGCCUGACAAGGAAGAUGAACUGUAAAAUCUCUAACAUGAGUGACACGUCCAACACAGAAAUAUUUAGAAAUGAGGAAAUGCUUAUUGGUAAGGCAAAAAUAAGAAAAAAUAAAAUAUAAGGGUUAAGGUGUAACCAGAACUGAAAAAUAACUACCUGAUAAUUGUGAUUUGUGAGCCCAGUUAUGUUGGCAUACAUGAAGUUGAAGUAAGAUCAGACCUUUCAGGCAGGCUUAGGUGGUUAGGGUAGGUGCUGUGUUGGGGUCUUAGAAGGGUGGUCCAUAUAUCACGUAUUUGAGGAGCUCAGAUGGUAGUUACCUAUUCCUGGUCAUAAUCUCAAAUAACUCAAUGAAUAUUAAAAAUGUGUGGGUAUUUAUUCUGUGUCUUCUGCACGCCACCCAAGCCGGUACGACCAUCAUCAGCAUUCCCCACCGGAGACCUGGACGAUGAUUGUGCUGUUUCAAUGGCUUCUCUUGGGCCUGGAUUUGUAUGUAUAAAUUAUUAUUCUACAAUGUACAGUAUAUUGGGAGUGAAAGCUGCAUUUUAAAGCAAGUCAAAAAAUAUAUACAGUAUAUCCUUUA